AUGUUGCGUCACACACGUGUGUGGCCUUGUGCAGUGGCGACGGUGACGCCUUCGCUAUUGCGCCGUGCGGUGGCAUUGCGGUGGGAAGUACUCGGUCUGCGGUGGGACGGCGACACGAACAUGUGUGUCCUUGCAGAUGGGCCUGCGGAUGGCCUUCCACGCGGCACGCGCCUGGAGAUGUACGGUACCAUGACGCGGCUCGUCAGGACCCACGCAGGCAAAGAGGCCGUGGACGAUGUCUCGCCAGAUGUCUUGGUGACCGUUGCGGGGGCCGUGGAGGCGGCGGCGGCGGCGGUGUUAGGAGACAUGCAGGAGGGAGUUACGGUGGUGGGACUCUCGCCGCGGACUCCACCUAACGGCGUGUCUGCCGAGUGGAUCAUUACCACGCAGCACCAACAGCAACAGCUGACGGCAGUUCCACUUAUGGAAAACGGGGUGAUUUUCGAAUCUCCACGUGCAGCAGGACCUCGAGUUCUUCGCGCGGCACGGCAGACGUUUUCCCAGCUGCUGACGAGGGAGACGCAGGAGCGACGGUCAUUGUCCGCCUCUGCUGCUCAGCCGAUCGCCAUUCUUGAUGUGAAUGACGCGGAUUGCGCCUUCAGUCGUGUUGCGGUGCACGUUGGCGUGGAGAGCGGCCUCGAGCUGGAGCGUGACUUCCACGUCAGUUACGUUCCCCUCAGCAAGUCAGCGGCGGCGGCACCGGGGGAAACAGGUGCAAACAUUGCAAGUCUCCUGCGUCUCGUGUCGCACUCCAAGAACCGCCCACAAAAGGAGCCGCUGCAUGCGUUGCAGUCCCGCUACUUUGGUCUUGGAUGCUACACGGUUCAUAGCGAGCAGCCGCGAGAGGCAAAGGUGCCCAUUGGACUUGAGCUCGCUCACGUGAUUUCAAAGCUGCACCGUGGUGGGACGCUGCUAGUGAAUCUGCUCGGAACUCAGCGGCAGCCGCAGGUGCAGACAGGUGAACGGGAUGACCUGUCUCUCCUGCAGCGGGGAGCCAAGGCUGUCGUCACGGAAGCCCUUUCGCGGAGUAAGAGGUGGGGCGUCGUUAGCGACGAGGUGUUGCCCGCAGCCGACUGCUGCGACGCCGCGGUGUCCCUCGUGGUGUCACUCGACUAA